AUGCUCCAUGUAUUUGGACGUAUAAUUAGGCUGCCAACUUUCCUGGCCUUCAAAAGUGGCCGCAAAGAUGGCUCCAACACUUUUCUGCCAACGUCAUCGCCAUUGUUCAAGGCCGUUUUACACGACAACUAUAGAACAGUCUGCGUUCAAUUCAAGAACAGGUUCUCGACUGUUCUAUCCUUCAUUACUUGCUUCUCAAUCAUCAAUGAUCUCGACGCUUCCGACUCAGGGAUAUGCUGCUGUGGGUGGGUGUUUUCCAAUUUUUUUUACCCGAUUUUUAGAUAUGAGAACUACUCUUUAAUGAAUUUUACCGGGAUAUGUCCUUAA